AUGCGCAUCAUUGUCAGCCAUGGUGGUGAAGGUUUCGAAAAAUUCCAGUCUGACCUCAACAAAUCCCUCCCAAAGACCAACCAGCAAAUUCCUACACAUAAAACAAAGCUUUACCCAUUACCGACUUGGAAGAUUGAUGAGUCCACUAUUGUCAGGAAUGCCGAUGUCGACGCGGCAAUCGUUCGGGAAUUGCACCUUCGAAAUCAGUCAACCAUGUGGAUGCGGCUCACACGGAUUCUCGCAGGAGAUCAAUUAUCAAUUGCGCGACUUCGGGCACUUGCCAAUAUAAGGGCAGGACAUGAGGGAGGAUAUUCAAGUUUUGGAUGGGGUGCAUGGAUGCCUGGGUUAUUCCAUGGGAAGAUUGCGAACAUGCAUGGUUUCUUCGUCACGCAUUGGGGUAAACCGAAUGCAGGUACACGCAAUCCUGGCUGCCUCGCAUUCCACAACACCCAACUCCACCGUCUUCCAAUCUCAGUGACUUCUUUACCCACAUUCCGAGUAUGCCAUGAUCUCAUUUUCGUGUCUUUAUAUGCACGAGUUCUUCAUUGUCUUUUGCUGGUCUCAGGUUGCAAAUCGCUUGCGGAUUACAGCGCCAACGUGGACACACUCGACAAUCUACAGUCACAUGCUACACAGAUCCUUGACUGUUACGCAAACCCGAAGAUUGUAGACGAGCUGCGGUGGCAGCGCUCUGGGACCCAAGUACAAGAAACCCCUUCUGCAAGGUCUGAGGGUGACAUGGUCUUCGAGAAUGCACUCCUUUUUUUGCGUGAUGCCCUUAUCUCGAGAGAGUUCACUGAUGCUGUGAAGAGUGGAGAUUCUGGUCGGGCCCUUCUUGUCCUCAAAGUUUGGGCCCUUAGUUUUUGUGGUAAUGGGCGCACAAAGUACGCAUAUGAGAUGCUACAUUUGAUUCAUAAUCUUACCCAUGUCUGGCCCAAGAAACUCUGUGAGGUCAUCCUUAACAACUGGCUACUGAAUCCCACCGGCAAACCUAAUAGCUUCGUGGAGGUUGAUUUGGUUCAAGAACAUAUGAAUUUCUGGAUUAAGACCUUCUACAAAGCCCAUGGGAGCAACAGGUCAUGGGAAUGGCUUGAAAUGGUCUCACCAUGUGUCAACGCGUUGCGCCAUAUCACCACGACCAUGAAAGAUAUGCUCGGGACAGAUAUUGGAGCACGGCAUGCACCUGCCGAUCUCACAAAAGACAUCACAAUUCUUAUGGAUUCCCUUUUCGAGCACAAGGUUUACCAUUUGACGAAAGGCCGCAUACUGGACAAUGACGACUUUCCGGUGCCAGAUGUGGUUUCAGUUGGACUUCAACAGCUUACAGACGGUUCUUCCAAUCCUCUGGCAGAGUACAACAAGGCCUUCAAACACCUUCAAAACCGACGCAGCACCAACCCCAUCGUGGAACCAGAACCUCUCUCCCGAACCACCCCUGCAAUUUCUCAUGACCAACCUGACGAUUCACACGUCAUUCCACCUGUAGCAGUCGCUCCUGAGGUGAUCAGUUUGGCGGGUGUGGAUAGUGAGGGCGAGGGCGAAGGUGGCGAGGAGGUUGACUUUGAGGAUUCAAUGUUGGAUUUAGAUGAUGGUGACGUGACGUUGGAGAGGUUGGGGAUUGAAGAUGUCGCAUUUGAUAUGGAUAUAGGGGGCAGUAUGGAUGCAGAGGAUGAUCGGGAGUAUCUUGAAGGUGACUGGGAGGAGGAAGCACCAGAAAUCGAGCUUAGCAGUGUCUUCAACGAAGUUUACUAA